GACUCUCUCUCUCUCUCCUCUCUCUCCUAUGAGUAAUCUGUCUGUCUUCUUACAUAUAAAUCUCUUUGCUUCCCUGCUAUUUCCACAACCAAAACUCUCUGUCUCUCUCUUGCUUCUUAUCUCUUUCACCUCUUCAAACAAAACACCACAAACUCUCUCUCUCUCUCUCUCUCUCUCUCUCUCUAUAUAUAUAUAUAUAUCUAUAUAUCUAUAUACCUAUACACACACAGAGUUACUGUUGUAUUGUAUCUGAUCCAGAAGAAGAAACAGAUGGGGAGAGCACCUUGUUGUGAGAAAGCUCACACCAACAAAGGGGCAUGGACGAAGGAGGAGGACCAGCGCCUCAUCGACCACAUCCGCCAGCACGGCGAGGGCUGCUGGCGCUCCCUCCCUAAAGCCGCCGGGUUGCUCAGGUGCGGCAAGAGUUGCAGGUUGAGAUGGAUAAACUACCUCCGCCCUGACCUCAAGCGUGGUAAUUUCACACAAGAAGAAGAUGAACUCAUCAUCAAGCUUCAUAGCUUGCUUGGAAACAAAUGGUCAUUGAUUGCGGGCCGAUUGCCGGGAAGAACCGACAACGAGAUCAAAAACUACUGGAACACACACAUCAAGCGAAAGCUCAUCAGCCGCGGCCUCGACCCUCAAACCCACCGCCCGCUUAACCAAACCACAACCGCCGCUGCUGCCGCCACGCCCGCCUCUCGCUUGGACCUGAGAAAUCGUUCUUCGCCAUCGUCCGCUGUAUUUGAUCACAAAACCAUCAAAAACAACAAAUUUGAAUUGUUGAAGCACCCCAAAAUGGAGCAUGAGUACUACAAUUACAAUAUAGAAUCGGAGGCCAAUUGCAGCACCACUACCGGCAGCGGUACCACAACCGAAGAAGACCAAAAACAACAGAACAAGUAUAAGUGUUCUGAUCUCAACUUGGAUCUUUCAAUUGGGCUAGAGCCGUUUCAGUCCGAGCCAACUCGGGCAUCGUCUGGGAACUCGGCCGAAUCAAGACUGCAGCGGAUCAUAGUUCCCUGUAAUAGUAAUAAUAAUCAUCAGUCUUUUGGGAGGGUGCAGUCGACGGCGGCGGUGGCGGUGGCUCAGGCGGUGUGUGUGUGCUGCCAGGUUGGAUUUCAAAGCAGUGAGGCAUGCAGCAAUUGUCAGUGCACCAGUAACAAUGGCUUCUACAGAUUUCACAGACCUGCUUUGAAUCCAUAGCACCAUUUUAUUAUUUAUUUAUUUUCUUUUUUCUCUUCUUAAAUACACAUUUUGAUAAGUUAAAUACCUUCACUUUCGAAUUUAUUACUUUCUGGAUCUUGUAUUGUACGGACGUAGAAUAUGAAAGAACAAUAAUCAUUUGGAAAUCGACAUUUACUUAUGUUUGAA